GCAAUCCAGGCGAAAGAUGCAACACGAGGACAUUCGAGGGAGUGGUCGCCUUCUCUUCCACGCCGCUUCGUCCGCCUUUCCCCUUCUCCCCCAAAUAAAACCCACCGCCAUCCAACCACUCUCCCCACCGCCUUCAACUCCGGAACCCCGUCUUCUCUCCUCCAAUUCUUGGUUAAAUAAUAAUACGAUUCCAUUCGUUCCUUUUCUCCCAGUCCCGUAUCUUCCCCUGGGUUUACUCAAUCCCGAGCCCUAGCUUCCUUCCCCCAUGGCCGUCGAUCCCAAGGACCUCCGCCCCCCCGACGGGGCCGUCGACGACGAACACCCCACCACCUCUUCGUCCCGGAAGGUCAAGCUUCUCUGCAGCUACGGCGGCAAGAUCCUUCCCCGCCCCAGCGACGGCGCCCUCCGCUAUGUCGGCGGCGACAGCCGCAUCAUCACCGUCCGUCGGGACUCCACCUUCCCGGAGAUCGUGCGCAAGAUGGCCGAUGCCUGCUGCGGGCCCACUCUGAUCCGCUACCAGUUACCUGGCGAGGACCUCGACAACCUGAUCUCCGUCUCCACCCCCGAGGACCUCGAGAACAUGAUGGAGGAGUACGACAGGCUCGCCCAGGAUGGCUCCACUCCGAAGCUCCGCGUCUUCCUCUUCCCCCCAUCCGAUCUCUCCGCCAAUUCCUCCUCCUCGGAUCUCCACGACGCCGCCCUGCAGUACAUCGAGGCCGUCAAUGGACUCAAUGACAGCGGCGACAUGCGGAGGAAGGACAGCGUUGCGAGCUUGUCGUCGAUGCAGGCCGAAGCUGCUGCUGAUGACCACGAUGAAGGUAUGUCGCCUGCCCUUCUGUCUCCCACCGCGGUGGCUCCUCACGACCUAUCAAGAUUGGUAUUUGGGAGUGCGGGUGCGGUGGUGGCGCCGAUCCCGGAUGCUCCUGGCUUGUCAUCAGCGCCUUGUUCCAGCGUUCAGGCACAAAUCUUGGACUCUAGUCUCUCUGAAUUGCCUCCUCCAGUGGCACCUUAUGUCCCGCAGGGUUAUGUAUUACCACAGCAUGCCCAUACUAUGAAUCCCCAGUCUUUGGGGAUGGCGGGAGUACCUCGGCCGGUUAAUGUACUUGGUGUGCCAUCCAUGCACAUUAACAUGGCUCCUCCAACUUCCCAAGUUCAUAGCACGGUACCAAUCCAAACAAGGGCGGAUACUAAUUUAGAAGAGAAUCCAUUUGGAGGAAGGUCAUCACAGCUCCACAGUAAUCCAAACUAUAAGCCUUUGUCCCAGCUCCCGCCUUUGCCACAAGUUUACUUGCAACCACAGAAUGGGGAGCAAUAUGGGUUGGGUCCACCCUUGCCAUCAUCACAAGGGCAGACGGUGAGGUUAGAGGAUUGCAACUUUGGCCAGAAACCCUUGCCUCCUGCCCAUUCCGAUACGCAUGGGAAUGCAUCAGGAAGUGCCAUUCCACAGACUGGCCCAAUACCCCAAAGUCACCACUCUGAGAGCAUGGUAAGGUUGCAGGCGCUGCCAAAAAUAGUUACUGGAGCUGUGGCUGGGAGUGGAGUAGAGACCCAGUCUGAGAAUGUCAUUCCCGCAGCUCAGUUAGGGGCCUAUGGGUUCACUCAAGUCCCCGAGAUACCACGUAAACAUGAGAGGCUAGUGCCUCCAAAUGCCGCAAAUCUUAGUCAUGCUGAGGUUUUUGUCCCAGUUUCGGUGGGUCUGCCAGGCAACAAGCAAGCAUCGACUGGAAUGUUCAUCCAGUCUCCACAAUCUCAUCAUGAAGACUUCUUGCAAGGGCAAUUGCCACAGUCUAUGGGGUUACCUCAGUAUCAUGUUAAUCAGGAUGUGAUCGGCAAGCCAUUUGUUGCUGAUGCUGGUUCGGUUGGAAAAUCAAGUUCUCGGGAAGCAGAGCAGUUGGUCCCAGAUUCUGUCCCUGUACUUUCACAUGACCAUGUUAAACCUAUUGAUGGGAUGAUGAAAGCACUUCAUGCCGCUCCAUCUGAGGCUUCUAGUCUUCCUGAGCAGUGGAAACCAGCUCUGCCAGCCGUUCCACCUGCUACCGACAUGCCCAAUGAUUUGAGACCAAAGGACCCACUUCUGGUUGUAGAGAGCAGUCAUCUGGUCAGACCACAGGUUGGAGGAAAUGUGAUGCCUAUUAGUAAUGCCUUCAUCAAUUCUAGAAUUAUUCCAGAUGGAACUACCAGUAUUCCCAUUGAUCCACUGCCAUCUACUUCUUUGGGCAAUACUCACUUGCACAAUGUUCAACUGCCAAACAACAACAGUGUAUUAACCAUGACAGGUAACAAUGGAGCAUACCCAUAUUAUUUUGAAACGGGGGCUGGACCUGUUAUUCCUGACGAACAGUUGCUUGGAGCACCCAAAUACUCUUAUAGUAACAAGUUUGCCUACGGUGAUAAUACUGCCCAUAAAAUUCCUAGUGGGGACUGUAAAAGUGAAGAUCUUCAAUUCCACCUGAAUGAAGUGCCAGAUGAUGUAUUCAUCACCGUAUGCAACAACCCUCAGUCACUGUUAUCUGCCACCAGCAGUCACUUUGGGAAUGAGGAACAAUUGGAAGAAAAAUGCUCGUUGGACUCACAAUUUUUCAGUGAGGAUCCUAGGAAAAUUGUGGGGAAUAUGCAUGGGCUGCCACCAAGACCUAAAAGGGUUCCUAGCAAGGAGUCUGUGACUAUGAAGGAUUACUGCAUGGAGAAUCAUUCAGCCAACAGGAAAGGGUCACAUGUGGCCAUUGUGAUAGAGGAAGGUGGUUUCGACCACCCACAUGAUUCUCUGAACAAGGACUCAUGCAUGGAACCUGUUCAACCACCCUCGAAAGGAGAUGAGCAUAUUAAGCCAGAUGUGGGGGCUUUUACUGAGGGAAUAGCAGCAUCAACACACCAGUCAUCUGAGCCUCCAGUGCCUGAGUUCUUUGCUCGCGAACCGAAGGAAUCUGGUCCUUCAUUCAAUAAAGGAAGUGGGACUAUCAAAACUAAUUUAAACACAAAUGAUCAUGAUCACAAGAGUGGGGUUAUCAAGUCCAAACAGGUGGAGAAAAUUUUUCUUGGAUUUCCAAAUACAGAUGACAUUGGACGCAUGCAGAUAAUAAAGAAUAGUGAUCUGGAAGAGUUGCAAGAAUUGGGUUCUGGAACGUUUGGAACAGUGUAUCAUGGAAAAUGGAGGGGCUCUGAUGUUGCAAUAAAAAGAAUCAAUGAUAGAUGUUUUGCUGGGAAGCCAUCAGAGGAGGAACGCAUGAGGGCUGACUUUUGGAAUGAGGCCUGCAAGCUUGCUGACUUGCACCACCCAAAUGUUGUGGCUUUUUAUGGUGUUGUUCUGGAUGGGCCCAGUGGAUCGGUUGCAACAGUAACUGAGUACAUGGUCAGUGGUUCUCUCCGACAUGCUUUGCAGAAGAAUGACAAGCCACUUGAUCGACGUAAACGUCUUCUAAUUGCAAUGGAUGUGGCAUUUGGAAUGGAAUACUUGCAUAGUAAGAAAAUUAUACACUUUGACUUGAAAAGUGACAAUUUGCUAGUCAACUUAAGGGAUCCUCAGCGCCCAAUAUGCAAGGUUUGUGACCUUGGCCUUUCUAAAGUGAAAUGCCAGACCCUAAUCUCUGGUGGAGUGCGGGGAACGCUCCCCUGGAUGGCUCCAGAACUUCUAAGUGCUACCAAUAAUCUGGUCUCUGAAAAGGUUGAUGUGUUCUCUUUUGGGAUUGUGAUGUGGGAGCUCCUUACAGGAGAAGAGCCAUAUGCAGAUCUGCACUAUGGAGCAAUUAUAGUUGGCCUCCUAAACAGGUGGGAUUGUGAGCAACACUCUCCGGCCUCCAGUGCCUGAAUCUUGUGAGCCUGAUUGGAGAUCAUUGAUGGAGCAAUGCUGGUCUGCUGUAGCAUCAGAGAGGCCAAGCUUUACAGAUAUUGCUAGCCGGUUGCGUUCCAUGGCAGCUUCUCUUCCUCUGGAUUAGGCUGCUGACCCCCAGCAGUCCAGGCACAGACACACAAAUGAUUAGGGCUUACGCUCUUUUACCGUGGUGGCAUUUAUUGGCCCGUUUGUUGCCGUUGUAUGCAGUCAUGUAAAAAUUGUAAUGGAAGAUCGUGUCUGUAGUGUGUGUGAAAAGAACUCUCAAUUUUUUUCUUUUUCCUUUUUUUUUCUUCCAACCGUGCCACCUAUGUUUUUGGUGCACGAUCUGGCUCUUCAUCAGUUCUCUUUACUGUAUGGCAGUGACUCAGCCUACUCUCAAUGGCUGAAAAUGUUUUGAUAUGAUUCUUAGUACUUAGUUUGUACAUUAAUUAAAGGUCUGUUAAUUUAAAAUGCUUGAAAAAUUUAAGUUGGAU